AGUAAAAGUCCAUGCUCGACAACGAGGUCUGCAUGCGCAACACCUGCAUCGACGACCAGAUUAAAAGUUCUCAAUUCAUAGGAGAUUAAGGCCAUGGAGACUUCAGCAAAGCGCAAAGCCGGACCGAGCAAUGGCUCGCAGGGCGGCCAGCCAAAGCGCAGCAAGGGUGGCAGCGGCAACAAGUGGCAGACGCCGAACCAGCGGGAGAAGCUGGACUCGCUCAAGGAAUCGAUGCUGCAGGUCGGCGAUGCAGGCAUAUGGGUGACCUGCCAGCGAGGCAAGGAGCGCCAGGCGCGCGGCGAGAUGGCCCGGAUCUGUGAGGACUAUGGCAAGAAGCUCUACAACAUCAACCCUCCGGAGGAAGCAGCCGCUGAUGACGACGAGGAAAACGGCGGCAACGCCGCCGACGAUAUUGAGGCGUCGAUCCAAAGGGAGCUCGAGGGUAUGAAGCCCGCAAACCGGCCCAAGGACCCGCCCUUCGAGAUGGUCAGAUCAGGCCUCGACUGUCUGUUCUUCGUGCGGACGCGUGCGCCCGUGGAGCCGAUCGAGUUCUCGCGGCAGGUCUGCCUGGAUGCCGGCAGGCCGGUGCCCCCAAAGGACAAUGAGGAGGGCGCAAAGCGCUCCGCGAUCGGAUUCUCCCGGUUCGUGAACCGGUUCACGCCCGUCACGGUGCUGGGCAGGGCGUCCGAGAAAGGGCUGGAUGAGGUGGCGAGGAAGGUGCUCGCCGAGCAUUUCGAGCUCGCUGCCGAGGGCGCGGGUGAUGAAGCUGGAGGAGUGUCGGAAGGCGCUGGGGUAUCUACGGAUGAUGCGCCGUCGUAUGCCAUCCGCCCGACUUUCCGAGCUCACAACCAGAUGAAGCGCGAUGAUGUCAUUAAGAAGGUCGCCUCGCUCAUACCUCCGCGCCACAAGGUCAACUUGACCACUCCGGACAAAGUCAUCCUGGUCGAUAUCUAUCAGACGUUCUGCGGUGUCAGUGUUGUUGGUGGGGAUUGGGAAGCGCUGAAGCGAUAUAACAUCCAUGAGCUGAAGAUGUCUGCGGCAGGAGCCAAGAAGAGGGCCAAGGAGGAUGAGGCAAUGGUUAAGGCGAAGGAAGACGGCUCUAAAGACGUUCAGUCACAAGACCCGGCCCCGGCUUGAUGCUAAGCGGCGGCCAUGCCUUCAGCUGGACGUGAUGCAGAUUGUGAGGGAUUGUCAGGUCAUCAUGGUGUACCGGCGUUGAGCAUUACUUUAGGUUACGAUAUUGCAGGAGAGCAGUUUCUUUGGCUCUGGCAGAAUUCGCAACUGUACCUCUACGAAAUCAUUAAG